GAGUUGUUUUUUUCUUAGGGUUUAGGGCGAUUCUGGCCGACGCCGCGUGUCGCGAGUCGCGUCAUAAAACGGGGGGUUUCCGUUCGGGCUCUCUCCUCCUCCUCCUCUCCCGGCGUUUCCCGAAGCCUCCUCGCCCGACGCGACGCGCGCCCCGAGAUUUUGAAGGAAGAAAAGAAGUUGAACCAUGGGGAAGAGAAAGUCAGCUGCUAAGCCACCCCCUAAGAAGCGGAUGGACAAGCUCGACACGGUCUUUUCCUGCCCGUUCUGCAAUCAUGGGAGCAGUGUUGAAUGCCGAAUUGAUAUGAAGAAUCUGAUUGGUGAGGCAAAUUGUCGAAUCUGCCAGGAAAGCUUCAGCACAACCGUAAACGCGCUGACUGAGCCUAUUGAUAUAUACAGCGAAUGGAUCGAUGAGUGCGAGCGCGUCAACACUGUUGAAGAUGAUGAUGGUGCAUGAGCAUGUCUGGUUGCAAAAUGAAAUGGUUAUUACUACUAUGACUGUAAUGCGUUGGUGUUAUUGGCUGCCACCUUCAGCCAUCCCUGUAGUUAGCCUUAUGGCUGAUCGAACCGUUAGUAGGCAGUUCAUCCUGCGUUUAAUAAACAAGCGAUGAUAUUGUGUACUUGUGUUUGAACCUUAAUAGUAGUGUUGCAUGUCCGAUGUGUAUGGAUCCAUCAUAUAUGAGACUGUAAGGUUGGUUCUCUUCCAGUAUGUUAUCAUGGUUGAGAUUAGGACUAAUUUUUAGUACAAGAGAAGAAUGCUAUGUUGGUGGUUGUUCUCAA